CUUAGCUUUCUGUGGAAAAAAAUCGAAAGCCAUGGCAAAGAAAAGCUCCGUCUUCUUCUUCAUUGUCUUUAUUGUGGCGGCAUUGAUCGUGUCAUUGAGUGCACUGAAAGAGGCGGCGGAGGAGGAGGAGGAGGGUGGCGAUGGCCGGCGGCCGGGAUUCCAAACCCGGUGGCCGUUCUUGGUGAAGAAAUGGGAAAGAAAGACGACGGUUAAGACGGAGAACGGGGAGGUUUCCACCGUGAGAAUCAGCGACGGAAUAGCUAACGGGUGGUAUCACAUCGAGUUCAUCACGUUGGAGCCAAACUCCGUCUUCCUCCCUGUUCUUCUGCAAGCAGACAUGGUGUUCUAUGUCCACACAGGCAGUGGGCGGAUUAGUUGGACGGAUGACGAUGAAACAAAGAAGGUUGAAUUGAGAAGAGGAGAUAUCUACAGGCUGAAACCUGGAACUCUUUUCUAUAUAGAAAGCAGCUUAGAGAUGGAGCGCCAGAAACUAAGAAUCCAUGCUCUCUUCGCCAAUGCAGAAACUGAUUUGCAUGAACCUGCAGCAACUGGGCCGUACACCAGUAUACGCAAUCUGAUUCUUGGCUUUGACAGGAUUGUCCUGGAAGCAGCGUUUGGCGUUUCUGGGAAGCCUAUAGAAGAACUGGUGAGCAGUCCAGAUCCUGGGGCGAUAGUUCAUGGAUUUUCAAAUGAGAAGAAGACUACAGUGGUGGUGUUUGAAUUCAUGAAAGCUAUUCUGGGUAGCAGUAGCAUAUUCCAGAGCCAAAACAACAAGAAGAAGACGAAAACGUACAAUGUGUUCUCCCACGAUCCAGAUUUCGAGAACUGCAACGGGUGGAGCACGAUAGUAUCCAAGAAACGCCUGCAUGCGUUGAAGGACCUUGACGUUAGCGUUUUCAUGGUUAACUUAACCAAGGGUUCGAUGAUGGGGCCACACUGGAACCCGAGGGCUACGGAGUUAGGAAUUUGCUUGUCCGGGCCAGGAAUUGUGAGGGUGGUUUGUUCCAGCGCUGCAAAUGCAAAUGCAAAGCAAACAGGCUGCAAAAACAUGAGGUUUUACGUGGAGGAAGGUGACGUGUUUGCAGUGCCGAGGUUUCAUCCCAUGGCGCAGAUGGCUUUCAACAAUCACUCGUUUGUUUUCAUGGGAUUCAGCACGUCGUCAAAGAAAAACCAUCCUCAGUACCUGGCUGGCAAAGCGUCUGUGUUACGAACAUUGCCCAGAGAUGUUGUAGCUGUUUCUUUUGGUGCUUCCAACGAGACAAUGGAUCUGGUUUUGGAUAAGCAGGAAGAGGCAAUAAUUCUGGACUGUACAUCUUGUGCCGAGGAAGAAUUAAGGAUAAUGACAGAGGAAAUUGAGAAGGCAAAAGAGGAAGCUAGGAAGAAGAAAGAAGAGGAAGAAAUAAAGAGGGAGGAAGAGGAGACGAAAAGAGCGGAAGAGGAAGAAGCUAAGAAAGAAGAAGCAGCAAGGCAGAAAGAGGCAAAGGAAAGAGAAGAGCAAGAAAAGGAGGAAGCAGAGAGGGAAAAACAAGAGGAAAGAAAGAGAGAACAAGAGGCGAAAAGAGCAGAAGAGGAAGAAGCAGCGAGGCAGAAAGAGGCAAAGGAAAGAGAAGAGCAAGAAAAAGAGGAAGCAGCGAGGGAAAAACAAGAGGAGGAAAGAAAGAGAGAGGAAGAGGAAGAGGAAGAAGAAGAAGCUAUGAAAGAAGAGGAAGAGGCUGCGAGAAGAGCAGAGGAGGAAGCAGCAAGAAGAGCAAAAGAGGAAGCGGAGAGGGAAAAACAGGAGACAAGAAGAGCGGAAGAGGAAGAAGCUAGGGAAGAAGAGGAAGAGAGGCAAAGAGAGGCAAAGGAGAGAGCAGAAGAGGAAGCAAGGCAAAGAGAGGCAAAGAAGCAAGAAGAGCAACAAAGACGUGAGGCAGCCGAGGAGGAAGAGAGAAGAUGGGCAGAAGAAGAAGAAGCUAGGAAAGAAGAGGAAGCAAUGCAAAGAGAGGCAAAGAAGAGAGAAGAGGCAGCAAGGCAACAGGAAGAAGAAAUGCAGCAGCAGCAACAACACGAAGGAGGCGGUGGCUGGGGAGGAGACCAUCCAGGCAAAGAAUGGGGAAGAAGAAUCUUGAAAACUUGAAGGCUUCAUUGCCCCUCUUGUGCAAAUCUUGGUGUGUACUUGUUUUUAAAUAAGCAUAUCUGCACUUGUUCUUACUUCAAUGCUGCUACUGUAAUCAACGGCCAAAACGAUUAAAAACAA